AUGACUGGCGCCAUCUACGUUGCAGGAGCUUUAGACUAUGAAACUAGGAAACGGUAUGAGCUGAGGUUGGCUGCGUCCGACAACUUAAAGGAAAACUACACAACAGUUGUGAUUCACGUCAAGGAUGUCAACGAUAAUCCGCCAGUUUUCGAGAGACCGACAUACCGAACCCAAAUCACAGAAGAAGAUGACCGCAAUCUGCCCAAACGCGUGCUUCAGGUUACUGCUACCGAUGGCGAUAAAGACCGUCAGCAAAAUAUCGUUUAUUUCUUGACGGGGCAGGGUAUUGAUCCUGAUAACCCGUCAAAUAGUAAAUUUGAUAUAAACCGAACCACUGGAGAAAUAUUUGUUUUAAAGCCUUUAGAUCGUGACCAACCAAACGGAAGACCUCAGUGGAGAUUCACAGUUUUUGCUCAAGAUGAAGGAGGCGAAGGACUGGUUGGUUAUGCCGAUGUUCAAGUCAAUCUUAAAGAUAUCAACGAUAAUGCUCCCAUCUUCCCUCAAGGUGUUUACUUCGGAAACGUGACUGAAAAUGGAACUGCUGGAAUGGUUGUUAUGACAAUGACGGCUAUUGAUUAUGAUGAUCCUGCGGAAAGUAACAAUGCUAAGCUCUGGUACUCUAUAGAGAAAAAUGUUAUUGAAGAAGAAACUGGGUCUCCCAUAUUUGAAAUUGAACCUGAAACUGGUGUUAUUAAAACGGCCGUUUGUUGUUUAGACCGUGAAAGAACACCGGAUUAUUCUAUACAAAUAGUAGCUUCAGAUGGAGGGGGGUUAAAGGGUACUGGUACAGCUUCUAUUCGCGUUAAAGAUAUAAAUGAUAUGCCACCACAAUUUACAAAAGACGAAUGGUUUACUGAAGUAGAUGAAACAGAUGGUACUAAUCUUCCUGAAAUGCCUAUUCUUACUGUUACCGUUCAUGACGAAGACGAGACAAAUAAAUUUCAAUAUAAAGUUAUCGAAAAUAGUGGGUAUGGUGCUGAUAAGUUUACUAUGGUUAGAAAUAAUGAUGGAACCGGGUCUUUAAAAAUUGUACAACCAUUAGAUUAUGAGGAUCAAUUACAAAGUAAUGGUUUUAGAUUUAGAAUUCAAGUUAACGAUAAAGGUGAAGAUAACGACAAUGACAAAUAUCAUGUAGCUUAUUCGUGGGUAGUGGUAAAGUUAAGAGAUAUAAAUGACAAUAAACCCCAGUUUGACAGAGCAAAUAUUGAAGUAUCAGUUUAUGAAAAUGCAGAGGUCGGAAAGAGUUUAGAAACCUUUAAAGCAACUGAUCCUGAUCAAGGUGGUAAAAGUAAAGUCUCCUAUGCAAUCGAUAGAUCUUCGGAUAGAAAACGCCAGUUCUCGAUAAACCAAGAGGGAACUGUAAGUAUACAACGGACUUUAGAUAGAGAAGAAACUCCAAGGCAUCAAGUUAAAAUAUUAGCUAUUGAUGAUGGUCUACCACCAAGAACUGCAACUGCUACGCUAACAGUUAUAGUGCAAGAUAUAAAUGACAACGCACCUACAUUUUUAAAGGAUUAUAGACCUGUAUUAACUGAACAUAUAACUCCUAAAAAGGUUGCCGAAAUCUUAGCUACUGAUGAUGAUGACAGAUCAAAGAGCAACGGUCCGCCAUUCCAAUUCAGACUAGACCCAGGUGCUGAUGAUAUUAUCAGAGCUUCCUUUAAAGUUGAACAAGAUCAAAAAGGUGCUAAUGGUGACGGAAUGGCUAUCGUAUCAUCGUUAAGAUCAUUUGAUAGAGAACAACAAAAGGAGUACCUUAUUCCUAUCAUUAUUAAGGAUCACGGUAAUCCUGCAAUGACUGGAACAAGCACUUUAACGGUUGUCAUUGGUGAUGUGAAUGACAAUAAAAUGCAACCUGGUUCCAAAGAUAUACUUGUGUACAGUUACCAAGGUCAAGCUCCAGAUACUGAGAUAGGUAGAGUAUAUGUCUACGAUCUAGAUGACUGGGAUUUGCCAGACAAAAAGUUCUUUUGGGAAAGUACUGAACAUCCUAAUUUCACCUUAAAUGAAGAAACUGGUAUGAUACAAAUGAAGCAUAAAACUCGAGAGGGUCGAUAUCAUUUGAAAUUCAAAGUUUAUGAUCGAAAACACACGCAAACUGAUGUACCUGCAAACGUUACAGUUUAUGUAAAAGAAAUAUCGCAUGAUGCUAUUAUAAACUCAGGAUCGAUACGAAUGUCAGGAAUAUCUGAUGAAGACUUUAUAAGAGUAUGGAAUUAUAAAACAUUAAGCGUUUCGAGAAGCAAGUUGGAUAUUUUUAAAGAUAAAUUGGCAGAUUUAUUGAACACGGAAAGAGAAAAUAUCGAUGUAUUCAGUGUACAGCUCAGGAAAAAACAUCCACCUGUUACAGAUAUUCGCUUUUCAGCUCAUGGAGCACACUAUUAUAAACCAAUUCGACUUAAUGGUAUAGUUUUGAUGCAUAGAGAGGAAAUCGAAAGAGCUGUUGGAAUUAAUAUAACAAUGGUUGGAAUUGAUGAAUGUUUAUAUGAAAAUCAUGCAUGCGAGGGUUCCUGUACUAAUGUUCUCGAUAUAAGUAACUUACCUUACAUGGUGAAUGCAAAUAAAACCGCACUUGUGGGUGUUCGUGUUGAUGUUCUUGCAGAAUGCACAUGUGGUGCAAGAAAUUUCACUCAAGCAGAAACAUGCCGUAAUUCCCCUUGUUAUAAUGGAGGGAGAUGUAUAGAAGGUAAAUAUGGAUUAACAUGCUCUUGCCCUCCGGGUUACACCGGUCCAAGGUGUCAACAAACGUCACGCAGUUUCAGAGGCACUGGAUGGGCAUGGUAUCCAUCUUUAGAAAUGUGCGAUAGCUCCCACUUAAGCUUCGAGUUCAUUACUAGAAAAUCAGAAGGUGUACUUUUAUAUAACGGCCCAAUUGUACCACCGGAACCAGAAGAAAUUAUGGUAUCUGACUUUAUAUCCGUAGAGUUAGAGAGAGGCAACCCGCGAUUACUUAUAGAUUUUGGAUCUGGCACGCUGGAACUCAGAGUAAAAACUAAAAAGCCUUUAGAUGAUGGAGAAUGGCAUCGCUUAGAUAUAUUCUGGGAUACUGAAAAUGUUAGAAUGAUUGUAGAUUUUUGUAGAUCUGCUGAUGUACAAGAGAUGGAGGAUGGUACACCUCCGAAUUUUGAUGACUCAACUUGUCAAGCUACGGGAACUAUUCCUCCAUUCAACGAAUACUUAAACGUUAAUGCACCACUUCAAAUUGGAGGUCUGUAUAUCGAACACUUUGACCCCACUCAUUAUCAUUGGCAGUUUAUGCCUAUUGGUAAAGGAUUUGAUGGGUGUAUAAGAAACCUCAUUCACAACAGUAAACUAUAUGACCUGGCUCAUCCAGGACUUUCUAGAAAUUCAGUUGCUGGCUGUCCCCAAACAGAAGAAAUAUGUAAUCAAGCAGAUACUACAUCUAGAUGUUGGGAACACGGUACUUGUGUGGGUAGUUUCUCUGAAGCGAGAUGUCAAUGCCAACCUGGUUGGACAGGACCAUCGUGUAAUUUGCCAACUACGCCUACUAGCUUUAGGCCUCAAAGCUACGUGAAGUUUGCUUUAAGUUUUGAACCUGACAGGUUUAGUACUCAGAUUCAACUUCGAUUCAGAACACGUGAGCCUCACGGUGAACUUUUUAGAGUAAGCGACCAACAUAACCGAGAAUAUGGCAUACUGGAAGUUAAGGAAUCACGACUGCACUUCAGAUUUAACUUGAACUCUUUGCGAACUGAAGAACGAGAUGUUUGGUUAAAUUCAGUAGCUGUAGAUGAUGGACAAUGGCAUAUUGCCCGCGUAAGCCGAUAUGGUAGUGCCGCUACCCUAGAAAUAGAUGGUGGAGAGGGUAGAAGAUAUAACGAAACCUUUACAUUUGAGGGACACCAAUGGCUUUUAGUAGAUAAACAAGAAGGUGUGUAUGCUGGCGGUAAAGCAGAAUAUACUGGAGUAAGAACAUUCGAAGUUUAUGCCGAUUUCCAAAAAGGAUGCUUGGAUGAUAUACGCUUAGAAGGCAAACAUCUACCGUUGCCUCCGGCAAUGAACGGUACUCAGUGGGGACAAGCAACGAUGGCAAGAAACUUGGACCGCAACUGCCCGUCUAAUAGCCCUUGUAUCAACGUUCACUGCACGGAACCGUUUGUAUGCGUGGACCUGUGGAACGAGUACGAAUGCACGUGUCCUGACGGAUCCACGCGAGCUGGCGGCACUUGUGUCAACGUGAACGAGUGUUUGGCAAACCCGUGCCUGAACGGCGGGGAGUGCGUUGAUCGCGAACCGGCUCGCCGCUACGACUGUAUCUGUGCGUUCGGAUACGCCGGCCAUGACUGCGAAUUAGAACUGCUCGCGUCGGGAAUCAUCAUGCCCUCCAGAGAUUUCAUUAUAGCUAUCAUUGUCUGUUUGUUUUUGCUUUUAGUUCUGGUUCUGGUAUUCGUGGUAUACAACCGACGGCGAGAGGCUCACAUCAAGUACCCUGGCCCUGAUGAUGAUGUGCGGGAGAACAUCAUCAACUACGAUGACGAAGGAGGUGGUGAGGACGACAUGACGGCCUUCGACAUCACUCCUCUACAAAUACCUAUUGGUGGACCGCUUCCAGAUCAUGUUCCAACAAAAUUACCUUAUCCUCUGAUGAGUGUUGGCCUAGGAGUUGGUCCAAUGGGUGUAAGCGUGGCACCACCACUCGGCGUUUCCUUGCCCGGCGAGACCAAUGUUGGAAUGUUCAUUGAGGACCAUAAAAGGCGGGCGGAUAGUGACCCCAAUGCCCCGCCUUUUGAUGACUUGAGGAACUACGCCUAUGAGGGAGGCGGCAGCACUGCUGGAUCGUUGUCUUCGUUGGCUUCCGGCACUGACGAUGAGAACCACGAAUACGGCUACAUUACUGCUUGGGGCCCUCGCUUCGACAAAUUGGCUGACCUCUACGGACCCGAACUUGACGAACAACUGUAG